AUGGUUCAGGGACCCAUGGGGAACUGUGCCAAGCGGCCCUGGCGCCGGGGGCCUAAGGAACGCUGGCAGUGGCCUGGAGCCCCCCUAGGGGGCUCCAGCCCCAACCCUGGCCCCAGAGUUGAGGAGCAGGAGGGCACACAGGGCUACUCGGUGCUCGGCAGCCUGGUGGGGCCAGCCUGCAUCUUCCUCCGACCCAGCAUCGCCGCUACCCAGCUCGACCGGGAGCUGAGACCAGAGGAGAUCGAAGAGCUGCAGGUCGCCUUCCAGGAGUUUGACCGAGACCGGGAUGGCUACAUUGGCUACCGGGAGCUGGGUGCCUGCAUGCGGACACUGGGCUACAUGCCCACGGAGAUGGAGCUCAUCGAGAUAUCACAACAAAUCAGUGGUGGGAAGGUGGAUUUUGAAGAUUUUGUGGAGCUGAUGGGCCCCAAACUGCUGGCAGAGACUGCAGAUAUGAUUGGCGUGAGGGAGCUUCGAGACGCCUUCCGGGAGUUUGACACCAACAGAGACGGCUGUAUCAGCGUGGGGGAGCUCCGAGCAGCCCUCAAGGCCCUGCUAGGGGAACGCCUCAGCCAGAGGGAGGUAGAUGAGAUCCUCCAAGACAUCGAUCUCAAUGGAGACGGCUUGGUUGACUUUGAAGAAUUUGUUCGGAUGAUGUCUCGAUGA